AACACCUCUAAAGUUGAAUUACUGUAACGUAGAAUCAUAAAAUCAUGAAAACCGCUACUACUACCUCCUUCUCUACAUCCAUUACCCCUUCCGGAACCCCAUCAUCGGCCGCCGCUACAAACGAGGCUGCCGCAGCUCCUUUGCCAAUGGCCGAUCCAAUCCAUCUAAAUGCCGAGGACGAGAACACUCCUGUCCUUUCUUCCGCUUCCGCCUCCGUCACCGCCACCGCUACCGCCAGAGCCACCGCCCCAGUUGUCCCAACUGCUGAAGUAGUCAAUCUCCGACCGCCGGCAAAGCUCCCCUCUCGUCCGCGUAAACUUCGUAAAUUAUCCCCGGAAAACUCUGAAUCGUCGAUGAAGAGCAGCAAUAACUGCAAAAUUGUCGCUCGACCUCGAUUAAUUGCUGCAACCCAUCACCGUUCUAUGUCGUGUGAGGGUGAAAUUGAGAAUGCUCUUAAUCAUCUUAGAACCGCGGAUCCAAAUCUUGCUAAGCUUAUUGACAUUCAUCCACCCCCGACAUUCGAUUCAUAUCAAACCCCUUUUCUUGCCCUAACCAAGAGUAUUUUAUACCAGCAGCUUGCUUACAAAGCCGGAACUUCAAUCUACUCUCGUUUUGUUGCUCUUUGUGGUGGUGAAUCGGGCGUUGUUCCGGCUACGGUUUUGGCAUUGACGCCUCAACAGCUUCGACAAAUCGGGGUUUCGGGCCGAAAAACGAGUUAUCUCCAUGAUUUGGCGAAGAAAUACCAAAAUGGGAUUCUCUCGGAUUCCGCCAUUAUCAACAUGGAUGAUAAAUCUUUGUUUACUAUGCUUACUAUGGUGAAUGGAAUUGGGUCUUGGUCUGUUCAUAUGUUUAUGAUUUUCGCUUUGCAUAGACCAGAUGUGUUGCCUGUUAAUGACUUAGGGAUUAGAAAGGGGGUUCAGUUGUUAUAUGGUUUAGAGGACUUGCCUAGACCCUCUCAAAUGGACCAGCUUUGUGAGAAAUGGCGCCCGUACCGGUCUGUGGCGUCUUGGUAUAUCUGGCGGUUUGUUGAGGCGAAAGGGGCUCCUACUUCUUCCGCUGUGGUUACUACACCUGCUGCUGGGAUGAGUUUGAUGCCGCAACAGCAAUUGUCGCCCCUACAGUCACCUCACCAGCAACAACAAUCGCAACACCAGCCACAGUUUCUUGAUCCAAUGAAUGGCAUUAUCAAUAUUGGUCAGUUGAGCUGAAUGAUUGCCUACAACAUUUUGUAAUUAACUCAUCCAACUCCGUUAAAAGGCUGUGAUCCAUGAAAAGGAGGACGGGAAAGGCUUUGCUUAACUUAUUACCUAUGAAAGCCGCAUAACAGCUGAAGCCUGAGUUCUAAGGUUGGUGAUCAAGGAUGGGCUGGAAGGAAUUGAUUUGAAGAUAGAAGCUUGUCUUAAUCAUGAUCUUUUGAAGACUCUUAAUUAAUGUAUCUAAUUUUAAUUUUUAUUGAAUUAUUUUGGAUGUCUAGUUAAGUUUGUGUUUUUUUUUUGCAUUUGGAGCUUUAAGGGGUCGUAUGUCAUAUUAAAAGGUAUGUAUUAAAAUUUGGAGUAAAUUAAUUGUUAAAAAUUAUUGACAUGUGCAGGAAGUUGACAGUUAAGUAUUGAACUUGAACCCCUUUUUUUUUUUUUUUUUUUUUUUUUUUUUUUUUUUUUGUAGAUUAAAAGGUGUGUUUUGUAUGAUCAUAAGAAACAUAAUUGAAUGGUAUCAAAAAAGUGAGGGGAGGGGAGAGGUAACCAUAAGUGUUGUUAAUUUGUUAUUUAUUAUGAGUUGUUUGAUUGACAACAGAAUUGUGAAUACU